CAGCUGAUCAGCAACACCUGUGACACCUGCAGGAUGGGUAUAUGUAACCUGCCACGUGGCUCAGAUUGCAUUUCCUGUUGGUGGCUGCAGUAAUGGGAGCAUUUUGGGCCUUGAUUGUUGCUGUGCUGGCUCUCUGGUUUACCACAGGCUCUGGUUUGCCGGUUGGUGACACAAAUGAAAUGAGGACAAGGAGAGAUGUGUCUCCUAAUGACCCCUCCAUAAAAGUCCUUGCGCUUCAACAGUCCCAUGAGUCUGUGUUCCUGAAGAAGUCAGAAGGGGACGAAGGCAAUGGCACUGUGGGUGACUGGAGCAACAACAGCACCCUAGGGGACGAUUGCAACUCUGGCAACAGCACUGUGGGCAGCGACGAAGGCGGCAACAACGGCACCCUAGGCAACUCGGGCAGCAGCACUGUUUGCAAUGAUGGCAAUGCAGGCAGCAACGGCACCCUAUGGGAUGACGGCGACUCACGCAACAGCACUGUGGGCGACGAUGGCAACGUAGGCAACAGAACCCUAGGGGACGACAGCAACAGCACUGUGGGAGAAGACUCCGGCAGCAACGGCACCCUAGGUGACAACGACAAUGCAGGCAAUGGCACUACGGGCGGCGGCGACGCGGGCAGCAGCAGCAAGGGCGACGACGCAGGCGGCAGCCGCAACUUCACCCAGGGUGACUACGCCAGCGGCAGAAUCUGCAGCCGCAACUUCACCCAGGGUGACUACGCCAGCGGCAGAAUCUGCAGCCGCAACUUCACCCAGGGUGACUACGCAAGCCGCGGCAGAAUCUGCAGCCGCAACUUUACCCAGGGUGACUACGCCAGCGGCAGAAUCUGCAGCCGCAACUUCACCCAGGGUGACUACGCCAGCGGCAGAAUCUGCAGCCGCAACUUCACCCAGGGUGACUACGCAAGCCGCGGCAGAAUCUGCAGCCGCAACUUCACCCAGGGUGACUACGCAAGCCGCGGCAGAAUCUGCAGCCGCAACUUUACCCAGGGUGACUACGCCAGCGGCAGAAUCUGCAGCCGCAACUUCACCCAGGGUGACUACGCAAGCCGCGGCAGAAUCUGCAGCCGCAACUUCACCCAGGGUGACUACGCAAGCCGCGGCAGAAUCUGCAGCCGCAACUUCACCCAGGGUGACUACGCAAGCCGCGGCAGAAUCUGCAGCCGCAACUUCACCCAGGGUGACUACGCAAGCCGCGGCAGAAUCUGCAGCCGCAACUUCACCCAGGGUGACUACGCCAGCCGCGGCAGAAUCUGCAGCCGCAACUUCACCCAGGGUGACUACGCAAGCCGCGGCAGAAUCUGCAGCCGCAACUUCACCCAGGGUGACUACGCAAGCCGCAACAGAAUCUGCCGCCGCAACUUCACCCAGGGUGACUACGCAAGCCGCAACUUCACCCAGGGUGACGACGCAAGCGCAGAGGACAAUGAGAUAUGUGUCUCCUAAUGACCCCUCCAUAAAGAAGGUCCUUACGCUUCAACAGUCCCAUGAGUCUGUGUUCCUGAAGUCAAAAGUUCAACUAGAAACCAAUGAAGUGGAAGUUAAGGCAUCUGCUGACUACCUGGAAGUUGUUGAACAUGCACAGAACAGAGGCAGCAACAUGGGCCACAACGGCACGCUAGGUGACGAUGGCAACAGCACUGUGGGCGACGCCGAAGGCAGCAACACCGC